AUGGCCAUUUACAUAUUAGCUCUUUGUCAUAUAGGAUGUUUUGAAAAUUUUCAGUUUGAUUACAUGGGCUCUGAUAUAAAGGCUGUAACACAGAAGGUUAUGCAGAUAUUUGGACUUGUUAACACUCAAGUAGAGGGUUCAUCUUUGGAGUCAUAUGCUGUCAGUAUCGUGCAGUUGCUCAGCCUUCAUAUGGGAUUGAGUUUUGACAAUACUGAUACCUGCUAUUGUUCAGGAGAUGUUUGCACAAUGUCACCAGAAGCAAUGCACUCUCGGGGUGUAAAGGAUUUUAGUACCUGUAGCUUGGAUGAGUUUAAAUAUUUUGCUUCAAAUUCUAGUCUUGAAUGUCUUCGUAACAGCCUUCCUAUUAAGCCAGCUUACCAAAGAAAAAAGUAUAUUUGUGGCAAUGGAAUAUUGGAAAAAGGUGAACAAUGUGAUUGUGGCCUUGCAACGAAUUGUACACAUAAAAAAUGCUGUGAUGCUACAUUAUGUCGAUACAAAGGUAGGAUAGUCUGUGGUUCCGGGGAAUGCUGCACACAAAGCUGCAAGCUAAAACCAGGUGGUGAAAUUUGUAGGAAACGAUAUGAUGAAGAUUGUGAUUUUCUUGAGUAUUGCAAUGGGAUUGACCCACAUUGUGUGCCUGACACUUUUAAACGUGAUGGGGAAUAUUGUAAUGGAAAUGAAUCCUUCUGUUAUAAAGGGCAAUGUCGGAUGUUUGAUAAACAGUGUAGAGAUUUAAUUGGAGGAGCUGCUAGAGGUGCUCAAUUUGCUUGUUAUGAUGAGAUAAAUUCAAGAGGAGAUAGAUAUGGAAACUGUGGAAAAUUUUAUUGUUCUUUUCCUAACCUCUUGUGUGGAAAAUUAGUUUGUGCCUGGCCACAUAAAGCAAUAGUAUCAAAAGCAAAUUUAUCUGUGAUUUACACACACGUACGAGAUGAAAUAUGUGUGUCUACAUUUCUAAAAUCGGACAGGAUACCUGCCAAUGACCAAACAACAGUAAAUACAGCUGAAGAUAGAGAUAUAACAUUUACAGAAGAUGGCACUUCGUGUGGUCCUGAUAUGUAUUGUAUCAACUUUACCUGUAGAGAGAUUAGAUACAUGGUUGAUUAUUCUGCAUGCAACAAUACUAGAGACUGUAAUGACAACGGAAUUUGCAACAAUUUCCAGCAUUGCCAUUGUGACAAAGGGUUUGCUCCUCCUUAUUGCAAACCAGAAAAAAAUGCAUUUGGAAGUCAGGAUGAUGGGCAUAUAUAUGCUGAUGGUUAG